GGAUCCAUUCCCUCAUUCCCUACGAGUCGCACCAGUCAGUUUAAGUGGCUUGGGAUUCGUCCAUGUUUUCGGAGGUUCUGGCCAGUGAGAGAGGAUAGAGAGGCCCUCCAAGAGAGGUCCAUGCGCCGAAUUUGAUGGCUUGCUUCUCGUGGUAUUGGAAUGGUCAUGAAUGGUCUUUGGGCAGCAGAAUUCCCAUUGGACAGUAGAGUAUUUAGAAUUAUGACCUCUGGACCCGGGCCACGUGUCAGCCACUGCCAUGUGGUGUGUUCAUUCGUCACCUUUGUUGGGCCCCUGUGGAAGCUACGUCAAUAGUUACCCAAUUUUCUCCCCAUGGAAUGAGAGACCAGCAGCCCCCCCCUCGGGCAAUUAUGGCAUUGAAUCACGCCCAGCAUAGAAGCAGCAACACGGUGAUGCAGCCUCCGCAGCCCUACAGGCCGGGGCUGUUGAAAGGUCCACCUUUGGAAAUGGGACAUAUACCAUGAUAUACCCUCCACUGGAAUGACCCAUGGAAGCGGAACAUGACCCUUUGGAUUCCUUGGAUGAAGUUUCUUUCCCAAAUGCUCAAUCAUGCGUGGUUUAAUGAUCCCUAGGGCUCCAGUCGUACCUCCUCAGAAGGUACUUGGACCCUCUAAACCCACCCCAACCACUUUCUCAGAAGGUGUUUGGAGCCCUCUUCCGUGCCGAAAACCCCGGGAGCUUUGGCCAUCGCGGCUCGCUGGCCGAGCACCAAGGACCUGCUGGGGAGCGAGGAAUCCCGAGUCGAGGCCUACGAGAAGCAAACCGCACUCCGACCAUGCUGAGCACCUCUUUUUUUUUUGGUCCUUUAGGACUCGAUCUCAAAACGCACCCAGGCCGUUGCUUGUUUCUACCCCACCAGCCACCUCCAGCCCAUCAAUCCGGAUUUUUGAUUGAUCACUUGCAGGGAGAUCCACUCAGUCGGAGGUCCAGGUCCCACACUGAUUCGUCCUCCAUCAACGUACCGGGUGGGCAGAACUUUGUGCCAACUCUGCUGAACAUCGGAGGGGGAACUUGUUGGCUACGAACGGGGCGACCCCGCAAGGACGCUACGAGUUCCGGGGCGACCCUGGCCUUACCACUAGGAGGGAACUUGCAGGGAACCGGGCGAAAGGAUUCGAUUGAGAUGUUUCCUGAUCUGAUCUGGCGACCCUGGACCCUCACGAAGUCCUACAUGAGUUGUGAGGGUCAAAACCCGUUGGCCAACGGGUUGGGUCCUGUCGCUUCGCUUUUGGGGAAGAAGAUUUCAAGACCCAUCACCAUUCCUCUGUUCUGAAACCAGGCUUUUGGGACUACGAGGUGUAUGGUGCUCCCGCAACGUUGCGAACGAUGAGAAGCAAGCAUGUCCCUGCGUCGUUCGCUUCAUGUGCUCACGCAGGGAGACACGAACUUCAUGGGUCAACAAUGGCCGUCAAUUCUGAAUUCUAUUCAGGGUGCAACCCGACCAGGCAGGCCUUACCACCCAACCAACCACAUGCUGCCAGCCUUCUUCGGCGCUGAGGCUGAAGCCCGGAACUCCCUCGAGCAUUUCCUCCGCUUGGAACUGACCCAGGUCUUUGGUCGAAGGACCCGCGAUGAACGGGGCUUCGUGCCCCACGACGACGAGAUGAUUCAGAAGUCAGAAGCAGAGAUUCUGCGAGAAGGCACUCUGCGCGACACGGUGCUGGUGACGUAUGUGGCUCCCUACUCGGAGCAGAAGCGCCACAUCUCCUACCGCGUGGCAGAGGAUACCACAGUCAAGACCUUGAAGGAGGAUGUUUGCACGUACUGGGGCUUAAAUGAGGUGGAGUUUGUGCUGAAGCUCGCCAACAACUCCAAAGCUCACGAUUCUUUGAAGGUGAUGGAGGCCUUCCGCGCACAUGAAGAGUCGCACUUGAUGCUGGUUUAUAAGACCCCGAAGAACAUCUCGAUCAUGUCCUCCGAGCACGGGGACAUCUUACCACGCUCAGGUCGGAAGCGGCUCAAGACCCUGACCCCCGGGGCUAUCUCGGCAGGCGGCCCGAGUCCCGGCCCUCGUGGCGCGGACGUGCCGCUGCGGCGGAGCGAAGCGAACAAGUCCUUGGCUGAAGAGAUGCUGCUGCUGCCGGGCCUCUUCAAGUUCAUGACGCAGCGCGAUCGCAAUGCCAAGAAGCACUUGGAACGGCUGAAGUUGCGGAGGCUUUGCGCCUACCUGACCAUGGCCCUUCUCACGGCCUUCACCAUUGGUCUCAUCCGCCCCCCGGGUGUCGGCUACGAGUGUGUCACAGGCAUCUCAGAAGCCUUCACAGGUGGAGUGCACUCCGGACCCUUCGAUGCCAUCGGCUCUCCGGAAGAGAUCUACUCUUGGUUGGAAGACACCGUCUCCGCGCAGGUCUUCACGGAGGACUCGAUGCUGCGAGAGUACAACUAUCUGGUGGGCUACUUGCAGGUCUUAACGCAGCGCGUGGCGGAACCCUCGAGCUCCACGUGUUAUGGCCCGGAGGGCUUGAACUUCUCCAGCCUCCCCUGUGUGCAUUCUUCCUUUCAUUAUGACACGGCGGAGACGUCGCAGCCACAGAUCCAGCAAUACUUUGAGGACAAAGUGGGCAAGGAUGGGAGGUCCAUGUCCAAGCCUUGGGAACACCAGCCUGGCGUCACCUCAGGUGCUGGGUCGGCCUCCGGAGCCUUUGAUGCCAACGACGGUGCGGGGCAGAGCCUUGAAUAUCAGCUCCAGUACGUGCCGUUGUCAACGGUGCGCAACGCCUUCUUGGAAGAUCUCCGCUUCUUACGAUCCGUGGGGUGGCUUUCCUCGUCCCAGACGAGGGCGUUGCACGUGAGUUUCGUGGCCUACAACGCGAACUACCUCACAUGGAUUUGGAGCAGGUAUAGUUUCGACCUGAGCGCUUUUGGGACGGUCCACCCUUUGCAGCACGUGGUGCCUUUUAGGCCGCAUUUGGCCGAGUAUGGUUUGGACGGUGAGUUGGUGGUCUCUGACUGGGCGAGGUCUUGCUUGCUGCUGUUCAUCUUCUUUGAGGUCUACCGAGAUGCACGGCACGCGCAGAAGGAUCAAGGCGAUGCCUGGAAGCGCUGGAAGCACUUCCGGGGCCUCCAGGUGCUAAUGGAUCUGAGCCUCACAGUGAUCUUCCUGGUGUCCUUGGGCUACCGGAUCAGCUACUAUACCAGCGAGCCCUCGGUGAGCUAUGCCGUCUCGCACGUGUACAACUUCCGCGACGCUGGGCAAGUGGCAGAGAGCUACGGCGUGCAAGUCUGCUUGGAAGCAGUCUUGCUGGCGCUUUGCUUGUAUCGCUUCGUCUACUUCCUCCGUGUGAGCCGACAUGUCUUCCUCAUUUGGCGCUCGGUGGCCCGCAGCGCGUACCGCCUCGCAAGGAUUUCCUUGGUCCUGCUCUUGCUUUGGCUGGGCUUUGUCGUCCUAAGCCUGUCUGUGGGCAGCCGCUUUCACAACUGCAACAGGACUUUGGGCUUCACGAUGAGCUGCUCUCUCUUGAUGAUGUCUGGCGAUGUGCGUGUGGCACAGUUGGAGCCUGGGGAGUCCUUCCGCGUGGUCUCCGUGCUUCUGCUCUUUUGCUUUGGGAAGCUGGUCCUUGCCAACGUGUGGCUCGCCAUGCUGAUGCAGGAGUAUCACACAGCGCGGGUGGAAGCAGGCUCCUCCUCGGCCUACAAGUGGCGGGAGUAUGACUGGGUCCGAUGGAUCCUGUUCUGGCCCUUUGACCGGCUCUACUUGAAGCUUCGCCCGUCCAUCACGCCCGUGAAGCCUUUUGAGGGUUGAGGUGCUGAAAGGCAGCGCAAGCCAGUCUGCAGAUGUUCGCAAGCUCGAGCAUGCCUGGUGAGCUGCACAACAGAGCGAAGGCUUUGCUUGUCAGCGAGUUUGAUCCCUGAAGCCAAUUCUCACGCCCCUUGUGACAAAUCUUUUGUGGGCACAGUGGUGAAUGCAGAUGCCCAAAGUUAUGGUACG